CGGGGUUUGACAUCUCGGCUCUGAAAACAUCUCUAAUCCAGUAUUUCAGGUGCCGAAGUCGCCCGAGCGACCAUUGCUCACUCCCGCCGCGCACCAGCGGACUGCAGCAGGACCGCACGCCUCUGCACACGGGAAUAUAUCGCAAAGUGGACAGAGACAGAGUGCGAAGUGGCAUUUCUGAGAGGGAAAGAAAGCCUCCAACAGCCAGAGAGAGAGAGAGAGGGAAGUUUCAGCGGCGUCAAGACUUCCCUGCCUUGGAGUAUAUUACAAGCAGCUCCUCGGUCCCUCCCCCCGAAACUCAACCAACAUACUUCAAGUUCUCACCGGACUGAACUUCAUAGCACACUUCGGGUUAUUUCUCCCCUCAGAGCCCAGACGUGUUUCUGUGUAACAUAACGUCUCCUGGAUAAACCUUUGCUAUGGACCUCUGAGAAGGACAACUGACUGCUGAAACUCUCCACCACCAUCGAGGAUCCAUGUGGCAAAACCUGCUUACGGGGGUCCACAAUCCCUUCUGAAGCUCUGUGCAGCAGAACCGUCGGGACGACAGGAUGACUGAGGCGCGUUGCUCCCAAGUCCAAACGCAUCUCAUCACCAGCAUCAGACCGCUCAUCAUCGAAGGCUUCCUCAAACAAAGACUUGGAUUAUAGCUUUUUGUGUUGACUUUAUUAAAUUUUUUUUGAAAAAGCUUUAUAUCGGCAGACAAAGUAAAAAGAUCUUCUUCAUGAGCUGCAGAAAUGGACUAGAAGCCCAUGUGUAGCAGGGCCGCUGCUGCAGCUCGUGGAAUAACUUAAGACUGUCGGGGGCUCCGAUCCCAGCGCCAACGGCCGUCUAAAGGCACACCCCACUAUCCAAUGGCAUGGGUCAAGUUCUUCAGGAAGCCGGGGGGCAAUCUGGGGAAAUCGUACCAGCCGGGCAGCAUGCUGUCUCUGGCCCCCACCAAAGGACUGCUGAACGAGCCGGGUCAGAACAGCUGCUUCCUCAACAGCGCCGUGCAGGUGCUGUGGCAGCUGGACAUCUUCAGACGCAGCUUGAGGCAGCUGCCUGGACACUUCUGUCUGGGAGAGUCGUGCAUCUUUUGUGCAUUAAAGGGCAUUUUCUCCCAGUUCCAGCACAGUCGGGAGCGCGCCCUGCCCUCUGACAACCUGCGUCACGCCUUGGCAGAGACCUUUAAGGACGAGCAGCGCUUCCAGCUGGGCUUCAUGGAUGAUGCCGCAGAGUGCUUUGAGAACAUAUUGGAGAGGAUCCACCUGCACAUUGUGCCUGAGGAGACGGACGCCUGCACGUCCAAGUCUUGCAUCACACAUCAGAAGUUUGCGAUGUCACUUUAUGAGCAGUCUGUGUGCCGUAGCUGCGGGGCAUCCUCCGACCCACUGCCGUUCACAGAGCUGGUGCAUUACGUCUCCACCACCGCACUCUGUCAACAGACGCUUCAGCGUAAAGAAGAGACAUUUGGGGAACUGUUAGAAGCAGCGAGUACGAUAGGGGACCUUCGUAACUGUCCAAGCAACUGUGGGCAGAGGAUUCGUAUCCGACGCGUCCUCAUGAACUCUCCAGAGAUCGUGACCAUCGGCUUCGUCUGGGACUCUGACCAGUCCGACCUCACGGAGGACGUUAUCCGCUCGCUGGGGCCUCAUCUCAGUCUCUCUGCACUCUUCUACAGGGUGACAGAUGAGCAUGCCAAAAAGGGAGAGCUGCUGCUCGUGGGGAUGAUCUGCUACUCCAGCCGCCACUAUUGUGCCUUCGCCUUCCACACCAAGUCGUCCAAAUGGGUCUUCUUUGAUGACGCCACAGUGAAGGAGAUCGGCUCCAGAUGGAAAGAUGUGGUCAGCAAAUGUAUCAAAGGUCACUUCCAGCCUCUGCUCCUCUUUUACGCCAACCCCGACGGGAGUGCAAUCGCCGCAGAUGAUGCCUCAAGACUGAACAGCAGCCAGUCUCACCACAAGACCUCCGUCAAUGGAGACGUGCAAGGCUUUGAGUCUCCAGUUUUAAGCCCCAAGAAGCUGGACCUCACCAAGGAGAACCUGAACGCUCUGCUGAGCCAAGGCUCGUUCAAAGAGAAGACCCCUUCCACCUACAGCAGGGGCAGCGCUCAUAUGAGCGGACGGGGAGUGAAAAUUGUCCCCAGCGAUCCCAAAGGUCGCCUCAGGGAGCCUCCUCGAGAAGUUGCCCACAGAGCAGGAGAGGUGCGUGGGAUGCAUCCGACCAGAAGAGAGCCUGAUCGGAGCGGCCAGCGGAGGCCAGAGUCCCGCUACAGAGAUCAGGACCGGGCUUACUCCCGCUCCGUCUCCCCUCCGGAGAAUGGCUUCAAACAGCACCUGGAGACUCGUCUGUACAGCAGCCAAGGAAAAGGUCCCACGCGGACCGAGCGAACGCCGCACCUCGGAGGACGCUCGUCACACGAGCCUGCUCGCUCUCACGAGCCUGCUCGCUCUCACGAGCCUGCUCGCUCUCACUCCAGGGUCCAAGUGUUGCCCAGUGUUCCCAACAGUGGUCAUCACAGCCGGAGAUCAGAGCAAGUCUCCAACGGAUACGAUACUGACAGUAGCCAGGAGUCCAGGGAGCGCCCAGGGAGUGCGGGGAACAACCGCAGCAGGCCCAGCCGCCCGUGGAAGCCCAUGCGGGAGGCGCUAAAUGUGGACAGCGUUUUAAGUGGCGUUAGUGGUGGUAACUCUGAAAAUCAAGAGCGAAGGCAGCACAGCCCCCAGAGAAGACCCAGCAGUCAGUCUCCCUCCCGCGACCGAGACAGAGAUUUUACGUGGGGAGGCCGAGAAGAGCACAAACCCAAGAGCCUAAUGACCAUCUACGAGGACGAGCAGAGGCACGAAACGGGGGGCAGCCGCAGCUCGCUGGAUUCAGACGGACGCGGCGGCUACAGUGACAAGGACCGGUCAAAGGGCUCAGGAACUCUAAAAGUGCGGAACGACAACUGGAAGAUCCAGCGGACAGAAUCUGGAUAUGAAAGCAGUGACAGACUGAGCAAUGGCUCUGCAAACCUGGACUCUCCUGUCGUCGAGAGCCUUUCCUCCAAGGACCUGCGGCCCAUACCUGAGCUGCAUCUGACCAGGGAUGACUUCCCUCACAGAAGAAGUGAGGAUUUGAAGGCUGACCAAUUGCACACAUUUUCUCCUGGUGAACACAGAAGACAAUCUCCAGAUCUACACGACGGCCUCUCGGAGCAGCCGAUACAAAGAAGAAGAGCCUUCCGAUACACUCCAGGGAUCUUUGAGAAGAACGAUGGUCUGGACAGCGAGGUAGAAGAAAACGUGGACGGCAGCCCCAUGAGCCCCGUGCCUCCGUACUUGGCAAAGACCAGCAGCUCUGAGUGGAACAGCUCCGAUGACCUCGCUGGACCUUUCUCGGAACAAGAAGAGACCAGAACCGUUGCCCACAUGGACCCUUUCUCGCACAACUAUCCCCCACCUUUACCCCCCAAGACCUUUGGCAACAGUCACUCCGAACCGCCGGCGCUGCCGACACGGUCGAGCCCCCGCAACGAACCCAGAAAUGGCUUGUCCGCGCUCUCGCACCCCACCCUCCGUCGGUGGAUCGAGACACCCGCGGAGCACAGGCUUUCAUCUGACGCCAGCUCCAAGUCGGGCUCGUCGGACCAGGACAGGAACGAUCUGUCGGCCAGCGAGAGCGAAGAGAGGUUCCCGAGUCCGAUGCCCGGACACGACGGCGGUGCGGACCCCCCCGGUCUGACGGAUAUGGCUCUUCCCACCACUUACUUCACUGUGGAUAGCUGUAUGACUGACACUUACCGGGCCAAGUACCAUAAGAAGAAUGCCAUGUACGUGAAAGCAGAGGAGCACACGUCGUCGGGGGAGAGCGACCUCGAGGGGAGGCUCUCUUUACCAGAUGUUCAGCCACCAGAGCUGUCCAAGAGCAGAGACUCAGGCUAUUCUACCACAAAGACGACUGCAAAGUGGAACCCCAUCACUCCGAAAGGACUCGACGAGCAUGGCUUCCUAUGAUUUUAGCAUCAGUCGACAUUGUAUGAUCCAGUGACUGGAUGCCAAAAGGAAAGGUUCUGCACUAUGACUGCUUCGGUGCGACUCCUCCUCACAGGGUGUGAUGACAGAGAUGCCAAAGAGAUGUUCAGAAGACCGGCAGGUGUCUUUAAUAGCUGCCUGGCUGUUUUGCUUUGAAAGACUAAAAGCUUUGAACCAAUGGUUCUGCACAGUAAAGGGCACCAGAAAGGUACAGACGAGAGACCUGCCGCAAACAUGUCGAUGUUCGGAGGGCUAGCGGAGUAAAGAAUGUCACAAAAAGCCACUUUACCACACGAGAGAUUAAAAGAUUUAUUUUACAUGGAGAAAAAUGUAUUUCUUGCAGUUGUGCUUGGUCUGACUGUAAGCAAUGCUUCUAUGUGUUUAUUUAACUCGUCCUCUCUCAGUGUUAGACUUUGUCUGCCCCAAUUCUGUCUCGUCUUCCACAUGCUAGAUUUCAGUGGGUGUUAAAGAACACAAGAAGUUCCGGUGAUAUGCAGAACUUUUUCUUUAUUUUGUUGUAUAUUGUUCUUCAGGACGUCCACACGCAGUUUAUUAAUCUCUACAAGUGGCCUCCGUAGUGUCGUCAAACUUCAAACAGGACGUUGAAUAUACCAAAUAUCUCUGAUCACGUGGUUACCAGGGGCUUUAAGUUAAAUGUGUUAAGUUGAUUGGUAGAGAAGUGGCACAGUAACUCCAGGCACAUCCCGACCCCCUCACCCCUUCACACACCCGUUACUGUGUUUUAUGUCUUCGCACUGUGUCUCUCUUGCAUUGUUUUUCACACUCCGGACGGUUUUAAGCUUCUUUUGUCUUCAGUUUGAAGUCCUGUUUCUUAAAGGUUGUCAGCAUGGAGGCUGGUCGGACGUUUAACUUGUCAUCUGGAGAUACACGAGGUGUUUUGUUUUGUUUUUUUUGAAGGCGGUUAUUAAUAACGUUGUGAGUAGUGGACUAUUUCUUCGGUUCAACAUGUUUUCUAUAUGCAGCAGACUAAUGCACAGUGCCUUUUGUAUUUUUCUAUGUCAGGACAAGACUAAAUUUGGAGCCAUGAUUUGUACAAUUCUUUGAUUUGUAAAGAACUUUUGUAACAUUUUAUCUUAUUUUUAUUGAUUAAUAAUUGUUAAAUAAACAAUUUUAUUUAACCAUA